AUGUCUUUCAAGCUUCAUUUCUUUGCUUACGUCCCCUUCUGCUAUCUCCGCUUCAUUUUCCUUUUAUUCUUUCUCGACCUCCUCGUCUACACUUCGUCCAAUCGCAUGGAAGGAAAAUCUAGCUACUCACCCCUGAGUCUGGAGUACUACGAUUCACCAAACGCCCCUGAGCGCGUGCGGGUGCGGGACCGCGUCAUGAUCAGCGAGGGCGAGCACACCAGCCUCCAGUGCUCCGCCGACGGGAAUCCCACGCCCACGCUCGCCUGGACGAGGGACAUCCACACCCACAACAGGACGGCGCGCACCUUGGCCUCGGGCCUGGGCGUGGUGACCCUCGAGGUGCACCAGGCGGUGUGGGCGGACACGGGCGUCUACCUGUGCCACGCCAAGAACGUCGUCGCCACAGUGCCUCCAGUCACGACCAAGCUCAUCGUGAAGCAGCCGGUGACGGGCGUGAUGGGCAUGUCUGGUGGGCGCGGGUCGUGGGCAGCUUUGGGUACCAGCGGGCGCCUCCUGUGUCGCAUGAGGGCGGCGCCGAAGCCCACGUUCGUCUGGACCACCCACGACGGCACCAAACUGCACAACAGCGAGAAAUACGUCAUCCACGCGCCGCAGCUCGUCGACGGCCUCGUGCUGUGGUCGUCCAUCCUGGAGGUCCGCCACGUGGAGCGGCGGGAUUAUGCAACCUACCGCUGCACCGCCCACAACGGCCUGGGCUCACACAGCACCACCGUGGCCCUCAGCCCGCCCUCACGCCCACACCCGCCCGUUAACUUUACCGUGUUCAACGUGACGGCUGUCUCGGUCUCCCUCGCAUGGACGCCCAACUUCGACGGCGGAAUGCCCCGAGGCUACACCGUCAAGUACCGGCAGAAGGGCUCCUCUGAGUACCAGCUGGUGCAAAUCUCGGGCGGCAACACAGCUGGCACGACUCUGAGCGGCCUCACGCCCGGGGCGGAUUACCUGUACACCAUCCAAGCGAGGAACGAGCAGGGGGCGUCGGCGUACGUGUCCCCCCCGGCCCUCGUCACCAUGCUGGGCGUCGGGGCGAAGGCAGGCUCGCAGGCCGGAGGAGCAGGCCAGUCCCGCGUCCCUCGCCUCAUGCUCCUCAUCCUCACCCUCACCGGCGCCGCCCUCCUCGUCCUCAACGUCGCCAUCAUCGCCUGCUUCGUGAGGAGGCGGUCCGUCAACAGGAGCGCCUCGGCUAGGAAAUGCAAUCACGGCUUCGGGUUGGCAGGGCAGUGCAUAAACGCCCAAGACAAGGGUGCCAAUAUGUCCACGCUCUGUUGCAGCCUGCAAGGUGUGUACUGA